AUGGAUGGAUGGACGGGUGGAUGGAUGGAUGGAUGGAUGGACGGGUGGAUGGAUGGAUGGAUGGAUGGAUGGACGGACGGACGGACGGACGGUCGGACGGACGGACGGACGGACGGACGGACGGGCGGACGGACGGACGGACGGACGGAUGGACGGAUGGACGAAUGGACGGAUGGACGGAUGGACGGACAGACUCAA